AUGGCUGGAACUGGAGUGUUCAAGGCAUGCCUUGAUGGCGACGUCUACAAGUAUUACGCUGAUGGCGAUUGGAAGAUGUCAUCAUCUGGGAAGACCGUCUCUGUCACAAACCCUACCACAGGGAAGCCCAUCUACAAGGUCACAGCUUGCACCCAAGACGAGAUCAACAAGGUUUUUCAGAGUGCCAAGGCAGCUCAAAAGCUAUGGGCAAAGACUCCCUUGUACAAGCGGGCUGAAAUGCUCCACAAGGUUUCAGUCAUCAUGAAGGAACACAAAUCACCCCUGGCGGAUUGUUUGGUCAAGGAAGUUGCCAAACCUGCCAAGGAUGCUGUCACCGAGGUUGUCCGCUCCGGUGAUUUGAUAGAUUAUACAGCCGAGGAAGGCAUAAGGAUCAUGUCGGAAGGCAAGUUUUUGGUUUCCGAUCCGUUUCCAGGGAACGAAAGAAACAAGUUGUGCUUGUCUUCAAAGGUUCCUCUUGGAGUUAUUCUCGCGAUUCCUCCAUUCAACUAUCCAAUCAACCUUUCGGUUUCUAAGAUUGGGCCAGCUCUUAUCACUGGAAACUCCGUCGUGAUUAAACCUCCAACUCAGGGUGCCGUCUCUACGAUUCACAUGAUGCACUGCUUUCACUUGGCAGGAUUUCCCAAGGGCUUGAUUUCAUGUGUGACCAUUAAGGUCUCAGAAUUGGGUGACUUCCUCACAACCCACCCAGCAGUAAAUUGCAUCAGCUUUACUGGAGGAUGCGACACCGGCAUUGCAAUCUCCAAGAAAGCGAACAUGAUUCCCUUGCAGAUGGAGCUGGGUGGAAAAGAUACAAUGCUUGUUCUCGACGAUGCAGAUGUGGAGUCCGCUGCUGUCAACAUCAUGAAGGGAGGCUUUGCAUUCAGCGGCCAGAGAUGCACAGCGGUAAAGGUUGUCUUGGCCAUGGAAUCCAUUGCAGACGCUCUAGUAUCCAAAGUAAAUGCCAAAGUUGCAAAGCUGUCUGUUGGACCUCCUGAGAAUGACUGUGACAUUGUCCCGGUUGUGAGCGAAUCCUCUGCUAACUUCAUUGAAGGGCUCGUGAUGGACGCAAAGCAGAAAGGUGCUAAACUCUGUCAGGAAUGGAAAAGAGAAGGCAAUCUGAUCUGGCCCCUCCUGAUCGAUCAUGUCAAACCUGACAUGCGAAUUGCUUGGGAGGAACCAUUCGGACCUGUAAUCCCCGUCUUGCGCAUCAAGACAGCUGAAGAAGGAAUCAACCACUGCAACUCAAGCAGAUACGGUCUCCAGGGUUGUGUUUUUACCAAGGAUGUAAACAAGGCAAUGCUUGUGAGUGACGCCAUGGAAACUGGAACUGUGCAAAUAAACGCAGCUCCUGCUCGUGGACCAGAUCAUUUUCCCUUCCAGGGUAUACGUGACAGUGGCAUUGGAUCUCAGGGAGUUACCAACAGUAUCAAUAUGAUGACCAAAAUCAAGACCACAGUCAUCAACCUGCCUCAACCAUCCUAUACAAUGGCAUAACUUUAAA